AUGAAGGCUACGCACGCCGGCGCCGUUGCCGGCGCCGUCGUGGUAUGUCUCUGCGCGGUGGUCGCCGUGCAGGUGCAGGCGGCGGUGGCCGGCGGCGACGGCGUCGAGGGCACGGUGAGGACGUUGGUGGAAGCGGCUAUCAAGGGCGAUCCCCGCCUUGGCCCCGCCCUCCUCCGCUUGGUCUUCCAUGACUGCUGGGUCAAUGGUUGCGAUGGAUCGGUGCUCUUGGACACGACGCCGUUCAACGGCAGCUCCGGCACCGAGAAGGCGGCGGGCAGAAACAUCGGCCUCGCCGGCUUCGAGGUGAUUGACACGAUCAAGGCCAAGCUCGGCGACACCGUCUCCUGCGCCGACAUCGUCGUCCUGGCUGGCCGCGACGCGGCCGCCGUCAUGAGCCGCGGCAAGAUCAACUACACCGUCGUGACCGGCCGCAGGGACGGCGUGGUCUCGUCCGCCGCCGCCGCCGCCGCCACCCUGCCGGACUCCGUCUUCAAGAUCGGGCAGCUCAAGGACAACUUCGCCGCGAAGAACUUCACCGCGGAGGAGCUCGUCGUCCUCUCCGGCGCGCACGCCGUCGGCGUCAGCCACCUCUCCUCCUUCCAGGACCGCCUGAGCAGCUCGCGGUCCGUGUCGACGCCGAUCACGGCCGCGUACAAGGCGGCGCUGGGCAAGGACGUGGAGGCCCAGAAGGCGGUGCAGAACACGACGGACCCGACGGAGCCGUUCAACAUCCGCGACAUGGACGCCGGGUUCCGGAACGCGUCCGGCUUCGACGCCGCCGGCGUGGACACGGCGGCGGUGGGCGUGCUCGACAACAGCUUCUACCUCGCCAACACGCAGAACAUGGUGCUGCUCAGGUCCGACUGGGAGCUGCUCAACGCGACCGACACGCGACGGAAAGUCAGUGUGCUCGGUGGCAACGCCACCAGGUGGGAGAUGGAGUUCGCCGCCGCCAUGGCCAAGCUCAGCAACCUCCCCGCCGAGGGGACCCGUUUCGAGGUCAGGAAGAGCUGCAGAUCCAUCAACAACCUGAACUAG